AAUAGGUAGUUUAUAUGGGGGGUGGGGCUUAGAUGGGACAGACAGGAAUGGUAAUUCAUGCAAAAACUGGGGAUAGGAUGGACCCUACUCUGAGGACAUAAACAGAGGACCUGGAAAAACACACAGAUACACAAUUCUUCCCCACUGCAAACAUACUGCUGGAAAUGUAUGUUCUGUCCCCUAAGAUUUUAUGAUAAAUUAAAGGAGCAAACUCUGUGGUUUUUGAGCCAGGAAAUUCCUGAUCAAUUACCUUCUUUGAAAGAAAAAAAUUCAUUAAAUAAUUAUACUAUUUUGGAUACUUUGACCCUUUGGUUCAGUGCAGCUGUAAAGUUUCUGACUUUUAAUUUCAAUUUCUAAUCAAGUAUUCAUUUUAUAAAAAGACUCCAUGUAAUACCGUGUCACAAGGAAAGAUGCAAUGCAUAUUGAAAGAAUGUUCGUUUUCUGUCAUAAGUGUCUCUGUAAGAUGGUGUUUAGCCAAUAGAAGCUGGUGGAAGGUCCAUCAUUGUGGCUCAUUUUUUUAUGCCUAGUCCUGGAAGGAAAGAGAUUCAGGCUUCAGUGAGUGAGGUAACUUUGCCUUUUUGUUCAAGUAAAUGUUGAAGUUGCCCAUCAUGUAUAGCAUCUCAUUUCCAUUCAUCAGCAUUCAUUUACAUAUGAAUGUCUUGAAAAUAAGAGAAUGUCUGUUUCUGUUGCAGUUGUACAAGUAGCCCCCGCAGUUUGCACUACUGCUGCGUGCAGUCUAUGCAGGCUUAGAGGAGUUACUCAGGGUUUGGGCUUUUUUCUUUCUUUUAUAAUUAGCACCGUUUUCCCCUUUCUAUCUUUGGAGAUAUGAUCCUAAUUAAACACUUUAUUUAAACAUAUUCUCUUCUGUUUACUGCACAAUUUAAACACACUUGCCUAUGUGUGUUGACAUCGUUUACCUUCUGAAAACUAGUCUGACAAUGCUUUAAUUUCCAGAGCAAAAAUUACUAGCAGAGUCUGUCUCUUAAGGUUAGAGACUGUGUUAUUAUUAUUUUAAAAGUUAACUAAAUUUACAUUAAGGAAUAAUUAGAAAAUAAUUCCAAGAAUUUUAUGUUUAAUACAAAAUAUUUUUCUUAAGGAAAAAAAAAACAGUUCUUACUAGGCCCUUGAAUGCUGAGAUGGAAUAUCAGUUCUUUAACAUUUCCCCUCCUUGUAUCAAAGUGAACUAAAGUAAGCCAAGCGCUGGUCAUCUCCCUGUUUUGAUAAGCUCUGUCUGUGGAACUGGAGUGGCAUUGGGAGAGUACUGUUUAAUUACAAUCCCAGUUGUCAGCAGCUUCUCUUCCACUGGGUGCACCAAGAGACUUAAGUAAGUUUCUGUAAAGUAAAUUCUGAUAUGGCAGCUCGGGUUGCUGAUUCAAGUUAUUCCUCCUCUUCUGUGUCACUUUUGACAGAUGACACCUCCUGCAAUCAACUCCAGGCAGAGCAAGCCUUUCCUUCGGUCGCUUUAAGAAGUGGAGCAGGGGUUCCCCUCCUCUCUUGAUCUUCCCUUUAGGCCCUCACUCCUGCCUGCUGCUCCCCACCAGGACUUCAACCCAUAGAAAAGCAGGAGGAACCACAGUGCUACCUGGGAUGGGCUUUUCCUAAGCCUCUAUUUCCCAGUGGUGGAGCCGAUCUGCCUCCCUUGGCGUGCGUGCUUGAUAAAUUUAAGAAGUCAAAUCGCUGACACAGAUAGAUAAUCCAAGUGUAUAGGGUGAAGAGUUAUAAAUUAACACAUUAUUCCCUCUUAAUGUGAAAUACUUGAGAAUGCAUUUUCUCAGUCCCCUGACAUCUACCCAGUGAGCGCUAGCAUUGUGCUUUUCAAGUGGCAUUGAUUUGUUAAAGCGCUGAAUUAGCAUCUCGGCCAGCUGCCUGACGCACUGUGGUGGUGUCCAGGGCUCCCAUCCCUCCUCUGGCCCCAGCCGCCCCCUCUGGGCUACAGGCUUCCUCCUCUUCUGCCCUCCCAGGCCUCCCAGGCUUCUCCCCGUCUCAUUCUCAUUCUGUUUGCUGUGCCCCCUCCCUGCUGCCCCUCUAAUCGGUUUCCUUCUCAUUCCAUCUCACUUCCUUCCUUCUCCCUUUUUUCCUGGCUCCUCCUUUCUUAUCUCUUUGCCCCUGAGGUUUCCCCUCAGACAGGGUUGCCCUCUGUUAACUGUGUGCCCCCUCCCCAACCCCCUCCCUUCUUCCUCCUUCUUCCUCUUCCCUUUCUCCCUUCCUCCUCCUUCCACCCUCCCUCUCCAUCUUUCUACUGAGCCCAUCCUGUGGCUCCAAACUGAAGACUGUAGAGAGGAAUGAACAGAUCCUUCUUGCCUGGCAUGUGCACUUUGUAAUAGAAGUUGGUGAGAAGUCUGAGGGCCAGUUCUAUGGCACAGUGGGUUAAGCUGUUGCCUGAAGUACCUGCAUCCCAUAUGGCACCAGCUUGAGUCCCGACUUCUCCACUUCUGACUUUUCAUGUAGCAAAGUUUUCUUCUGGUUCAUGGAAAAUGGAAAUUAAUGGUUAACACAGAACACCUCAGAUGUACUCAGGGAAGUAAGUUAACAGUUCUAAAAACCUGUUGGGUUAUUGCAACUUCUAUAUUUCAGUGAAUUUAUUGCUAUGAAUUAUUUCUUUGGUAGGUUUUAAGUUAAUCUGAUUCUACUUACUUUUACUGGUACAGUUUCAUAUAAAAUAUUUUCCAUUGUGGUAUUUGUAGCACCUUAUGAUUUCCUGUUAGGUUAUGUACCAUUGUACUGUAGCAGUGAGUCGAUUAUAAAAUUGGCUGGCAAUUUGUUUGGAAAUAAAAUGAGACUGAGGUCCUCUCCUGUAGAGGUGUCCCUGAAAAUUCCAGAGGUCUGCAGGGGACCUAUGCAAGGUUACCAACCUCUCUCUCUAGAUGUUGGUCCAAGAUACACUGGGAUCACUGUGAUCAAUUGGAAAGUGUAUCUGUUUGGAUUUAAAUAAAAAUUAUCUUUUAAUCUCAUGGUUUUAUAUGUUUUUUUUUCUUGAAUUAAGGUAUAUUUUCCAUUACUGACAUCAAAAUAGGAAUUUGAAUGAAUACAUUGAUAAUAAAUCAGAUUACGUGAAAAAACUAAAAUGUCUGUAUUGCUGUGUUUUAUAUAGAUGAAACUGACAGUUUGAUUUCAACAUUUGCAUCUUAGAAUGGAAAUAUUUUACAAAGUUUUUGAUAACCUUUGCUUCUGUGUUGGAUUUGACUUCCCCAUCUCACCAAAUAUAAUUUAUUAUUUAAAAAAAUAAUUGCUGGCCUCUGCAGAAUUAGCAGGUCUUGGCCAAGGUGAGGGAUUAGAAUGACUUUUCAAGGCAUGAUAAUGUCUGUUUGAAAAAAAAAAGAAAAAGAAAAAAAAAAUGUUUCAACUAGGGCUUAAGACUAAUUCCAGCUACUAAGGAGAUAAAAAUGACGCUAAAGAAGAAGAUUUGGGUUUGUUUUAUAUGUGCAUGUUAACUUGCUUUGAGAUCAUCAUUUUGUAUUUUAAGGUAUUCUCAGUUGAAGUAAGAUGUUUCUCAUUUGAAAGGGCACAGGGCCUUACUCCAAGAGAUUAAAACUGGAAUGCUUUUUACAACAGGAAUAAUGACAGCUCACCUGGCUGUAGCUUGUGGUCAGAGCAAGAAGGGGUGGUUUGUACUUUUUAGACUACAAUACAGAGGAAGAAUAAUAACAGAAAAUAAUAGGACAAGGUUGAAAGUGAAAGUGUCCCGUAUGAGAAUAGUUACUGAUAUGAGUGAUUAGAAAAGGGAAAAGAAAUCUGGAAGGCAUACUCUGGUAGUGGGAGAGAAGUUGAGAGUAAAGAAAAAAGCAUGUUUGAGGGUGCAAAUUAUAACCUCUGACAACUUAGAAAACUUAGUACUUUUGUAAUUGGUAAUAAAGGGUCACAGUGACAUCAGAGCAGCUCUAAAAAUUCCUAGAAACACGUGUAAAACUUUCAUGUGUUUCUAAGUUUUCAUUUGGUGUACAUAUAUUUUCUCCUGUUCCUUGUGUUGUCAGUUAUGUCAAAUUUGAAGACAACUCUGCACAAGUACUUCAUCAGUUUGGGUCAAAUAUUGUUGCUUGUUUAUUUUGUGAUAAUCUGUUAGCCAUGUAAAAUGGUUCAGUAUGGGUGUCUUAGAGUGUGUCACCUUUGAAUUUUUCUCUAAAAUUCUCAGGAGACAUCAAUUAUUUGUUUUUGUAUUUUGUAAGUCUAUAUUAAAUGUCACUUAAAUGUGAACGCACUGACACCUAUGAAAAGUAGUCCCCAAAGCAAACCAAAACUGUUGUCAGUGAUCAUAGCCUAAUUAUGAAUGCGAAUAUGUUGUUUGUUUUUCAGAAAGCCAGAAACAAAGGGGGGAAAACAAUCACACCAUUCUACAACUCAAGCAGAAAGCAUCCCUCCUCUUAAACACAAGACAUUCCAUAGUAGCAGUAAUAAGAAGAAAGCACCCUUGGCCCCUGUCCAAGGGCCUGCUGAGAGGGAGCAGCAAAUGGCCCGCCCAGCAUGUGGCUGUGCAGAAGCUCCAGGGUGACACAUGCCUCACACAACGGUCACAAUGCGAGGGGUCAGGGGUCAUGUUCAAGAGCAGGGUGUUGCUGCCUGAAGCUGAGGAAGCAGAGGUGGCCCCUGCGUGCUCCGUGUGUGGGUCUGUGUACUCCUUUCCCGUCAAAGCUGGCCCAGCGCAGCCAAAAAAGCGGUUCCUUGGCAGGGCUUAAUGGCAGGAUGAUGUAGUCUGUUGUGACUAGUGCAUUCCUUUCAGGUUAAACUAGGGAAAUGGCAUUGUGUUAAAAUUCCAAGUCGCAUGAAUGUUUUAUUGCCACAGUGCAUUUAGCCCUCCAGGGGAGUGUGUGUGGCGGCGGAGGGGGUGGGGGUGACUAUCAGAAGAACACUUCCCUUGGAAAAUUUUACCCACCAGCGUGAAGCUGAUUUGCUGUGAUGGUCACUUAGAAGGGUUUCGCUUUUUCCUAAACUCUGGCUGUUUAAAGACUUCAAGUCUGGACAAUUAACAGCUGAAGAAAAUAUGACAAGACACACGCAAAAGAGGUUGGGAGAGAGAGAGGAGGAAUUGGCAAGCAAGGAGCUGAGCAGUCUUCUUGUGCGAACUGCCCGGCGAGGGCCCCCCUCCGUCCCUGUCCCCCCUUGUCCGGGCUGUGUUUUGUUGUCUGCCUGAAGGCCAGGACUCAUCUCUUAACCUUGCUUCGCUGGCGGGAGGCUGCUGCACAUGGUUCCACUGGCAUGUGCUGGCAGAGUGCUGGGUGCAGACUUUUGCCCAAACCUGGAGGAGCCAGACCAGAGGCUGGAAGUCCAGGCCAUCCGUUGCACACUGGUAAACUGCACAUGCGAAUGUUUUCAGCCGGGGAAGAUUAACCUGAGGACUUGCGAUCAGUGUAAACAUGGCUGGGUGGCACAUGCCUUGGAUAAGCUCAGCACGCAGCACCUGUACCACCCUACCCAAGUGGAAAUUGUGCAGUCCAACGUGGUGUUUGACAUCAGCAGCUUGAUGCUCUAUGGGACGCAAGCAGUGCCUGUGCGGCUAAAGAUCCUUCUGGACCGGCUCUUUAGCGUCCUGAAGCAAGAGGAGGUGCUGCACAUUCUGCACGGCCUGGGCUGGACUCUGCGGGACUACGUCAGGGGAUACAUCCUUCAGGAUGCUGCCGGCAAGGUGCUGGACCGCUGGGCCAUCAUGUCUCGAGAAGAGGAAAUCAUCACCCUUCAGCAGUUUCUGCGGUUUGGAGAAACCAAAUCCAUCGUGGAGCUGAUGGCAAUUCAGGAGAAAGAAGGGCAGGCCGUGGCUGUGCCGUCUUCAAAGACAGACUCAGACAUAAGGACUUUCAUUGAGAGCAAUAAUCGCACCAGGAGCCCCAGCCUCCUCGCUCACUUAGAGAACAGCAAUCCUUCCAGCAUUCAUCACUUCGAAAACAUCCCCAAUAGCCUUGCAUUUCUGCUUCCAUUCCAGUACAUAAACCCUGUGUCAGCCCCUCUGCUGGGGUUGCCUCCGAAUGGGCUCCUGUUGGAACAACCAGGACUGCGGCUGAGGGAGCCCAGCCUGUCAACCCAGAACGAAUAUAAUGAGAGCAGCGAAUCCGAAGUAUCUCCCACACCUUAUAAGAAUGAUCAAACGCCCAACAGAAAUGCCCUGACCAGCAUCACUAACGUGGAGCCCAAAACCGAGCCAGCCUGCGUCUCCCCCAUUCAGAAUUCUGCCCCAGUCAGCGAUCUGUCCAAAACUGAACACCCAAAAAGCUCCUUCCGGAUUCACCGAAUGAGAAGGAUGGGGUCGGCCUCCAGGAAAGGAAGAGUGUUCUGUAAUGCGUGUGGGAAGACAUUCUACGACAAAGGUACUCUGAAAAUUCAUUAUAAUGCUGUUCACCUGAAGAUCAAACACCGAUGCACCAUCGAAGGUUGCAACAUGGUCUUCAGCUCUCUCCGAAGCCGUAAUCGCCACAGUGCAAACCCCAACCCCCGCCUUCACAUGCCUAUGUUAAGGAACAACCGAGACAAGGAUUUGAUCCGUGCCACGUCGGGAGCUGCCACCCCUGUCAUAGCAAGUACAAAAUCAAAUCUCACUCUCACAAGCCCUGGCCGGCCCCCGAUGGGCUUCACCACUCCCCCACUAGACCCAGUCUUACAGAAUCCUCUCCCUAGCCAGCUGGUAUUUUCUGGGCUAAAGACUGUACAACCAGUUCCUCCAUUUUAUAGAAGUUUACUCACUCCUGGGGAAAUGGUGAGUCCUCCAACCUCCCUCCCAACCAGCCCCAUCAUUCCAACCAGCGGUACCAUAGAGCAGCACCCCCCACCACCCUCUGAGCCAGUAGUGCCAGCAGUGAUGAUGGCCACCCAUGAGCCCAGUGCCGACCUGGCACCCAAGAAAAAGCCCAGGAAGUCAAGCAUGCCUGUGAAGAUCGAGAAGGAAAUCAUUGACACGGCCGACGAGUUUGACGACGAAGACGAUGACCCCAAUGAUGGUGGCGCUGUGGUCAACGACAUGAGCCAUGACAAUCAUUGCCAUUCCCAGGAGGAGAUGAGCCCAGGCAUGUCUGUGAAGGACUUUUCUAAGCAUAACAGGACCCGGUGCAUUUCAAGGACUGAAAUCAGAAGGGCCGACAGCAUGACUUCGGAGGACCAGGAGCCCGAGCGAGACUAUGAAAAUGAGUCUGAGUCUUCGGAGCCCAAACUAGGCGAGGAGUCCAUGGAGGGGGAUGAGCACAUUCAUAGUGAGGUGAGCGAAAAAGUCCUGAUGAACAGUGAGAGGCCCGAUGAGAACCACAGUGAGCCCUCCCACCAGGACGUCAUCAAGGUGAAGGAAGAAUUCACAGACCCCACGUACGACAUGUUUUACAUGAGCCAGUAUGGACUGUACAACGGUGGCGGGGCCAGCAUGGCUGCCCUGCACGACAGUUUUACAUCGUCUCUGAAUUAUGGCAGCCCUCAGAAGUUCUCCCCAGAAGGGGACCUGUGUUCUAGCCCAGACCCCAAAAUCUGUUAUGUGUGCAAGAAGAGUUUCAAAAGCUCCUACAGCGUGAAGCUUCACUACAGAAACGUUCACUUAAAAGAGAUGCACGUGUGCACGGUGGCUGGCUGCAACGCCGCCUUCCCCUCUCGCCGAAGCAGAGACAGAAACAGAAAUUUACGGAUCGAAAGAACCAUAGGUCCAGGACAUCGAGACAGCCUGCAUCUCCGGAUGAGCUCGGGAGCACAUCUUCUCCGGAGUACACCAGCCCGACUCAGCCCACACACCAGACACAGUGCCAACAUAAAUCUGCAUCGUAAACUGUUGACCAAAGAACUGGAUGACAUGGGUCUGGACCCCUCGCAGCCCUCCCUUAGCAAGGACCUCCGGGAUGAAUUUUUGGUGAAGAUCUAUGGUGCCCAGCACCCCAUGGGGCUUGACGUCAGGGAAGAUGCCUCCUCUCCCGCAGGGACUGAAGACUCCCACCUGAACGGGUACGGGAGAGGCAUGGCGGAGGACUACAUGGUCCUUGACCUGAGCACCACCUCCAGCCUGCAGUCCAGCAGCAGCAUCCACUCCUCCCGGGAAUCCGAUGCCGGCAGCGAUGAGGGCAUUCUUCUCGACGACAUCGACGGGGCCAGUGACAGUGGGGAGUCGGCGCACAAGGCUGAGCCCCCUGCCCUCCCUGGUGGCCUGGGGGCUGAAGUUUCCGGAUCUCUCAUGUUCAGCAGCUUGGCUGGGAGCAAUGGUGGGAUCAUGUGCAACAUCUGCCACAAAAUGUACAGCAACAAGGGGACCCUGCGGGUGCACUACAAAACGGUGCAUCUGCGAGAAAUGCACAAGUGCAAAGUCCCAGGUUGCAAUAUGAUGUUUUCCUCCGUGCGAAGCCGAAAUAGGCACAGUCAGAACCCCAAUCUCCACAAAAACAUUCCCUUCACUUCCGUAGAUUAGUCCCAGAACGGACACUACAAAUGCCAGCUCUCACCAGAUGGCCUCCGUGUUUGAACUGCCAUAGUCAUUGUGUGCUUACGUACUUGGGGGUGUGUGUGUGUGUAGGUGUCUACGCCUCCGGGUCUGCAUAGACACACACACACUUCUUUAGAUGAAAAAGAGAAACACUAGGUGCUUUUUAAUUUUUUUUCUUUUUCCUUUAUAGUUUUGGGGAACGGGUGGGGUCUUUAAUUUGGGGGUAUAAAAACAGAGUACCCCUUCAAACACACACACACACACACACACACACACGUGUGCAGCUCGCCCCCAUUUUGACAGAAUCAUUCUCGGUCUUCUCCAAAGAGACAACUUGUUGUGCCCAUGACUGUUGCCUGCAAAAAAUAAAAGGGAAAAAAAGAAAAAAGAAACAAAAAGGAACUUCUUAUAGUUGUCUUUUGUGAACUUUUAAGGUUUUGAGAGAAUCUUCAAGUAAAGCAUGGCAGAUUCACCUGUAAAUACUUAGCCUUGAGAGGCCAAUGAUGUAAAACAAUUGUACUGAUGGUUGUUGAACUCUUUUUGUUUAAUUUUUACAGUUACAUCCAGCUGUUAGAUACGCAGGAAAAAAUAGUUUGCUGGCUAGCUCUAUCCAUUUAUGUUAGCGUUAAUGCACAUUUUUAAAAAAAAAAAAAGAAAACAUGGUCUUGUUUUUACUACCUGUUAGCUGUAGUGAUGAAGAGGUGCUGGCAUGCUUCACAGCACGGAUCUAAUUUUUUAAAAUGUCCUGUACUAGUACUUAAGUCCAGUCAUGCACUUUUUUUCAUACACUACAAGGGGAUGUGUAAUAUCCAUGCUUCUUUUUUUAAUCCUUAAACUAUUGCCAUACUUCAGUAAGUGUCUUUUUUAAAAAAAAUUCACUUGUAUAAAAAUGGUCUGGUCAGUAUAGGGCACAAAUGCCAAACAGAAGUACUAGUGUUAACACAAAACUGCCAACUUUGCACAAGUUUCCAGAAAAGAAAAUACAAUUAGUCACUCAACAUAACCACAGGCCAAUUUGUCGGCCACCAGAAAACCGCUUUUACAAAAAUCACUCAGUGAUUCUUUCAAGUGCUGAAUGUUAUUAGAAUCAACAUUGCAUCCUUCGUGCUUAUAUGUUAAGUUACAUAAAAGGAAAACAAAAUUAUGUGGUGUGAAACAGGCAAGGCAUUUAUUCUUUAGAGGCAGGAUAAUAUUUCAGGAUACAAAAGCCCAAAUUACUCACUAUGAAACAAAGCUGAAUGCAGUCAAAGGGUUGAACACUCAUUCCCAAGGCCCUAGCCCUUACCCUCCAUAAAGAAUGCAGUAGUGUAAGCUGGGCCGGUCUCUCGCGUGGCUGUCUAAUGUGUUGCACAAUCUGCAGUAGUGCUACGAUGCAGGCCUGUUGGGUAGACAAAAUCAAAAGACGCGUGUAGCAGCAGCAGUGCUGGGAAGCGUUGAAAACAUGUGCUGAACUUGAACUGAGCGACUCUCCUUUCUGAAGAGCCAGGAGGGGUGGCGGGGUUGGGGGUAUGGGGGGGUGGUUAAAACAGGAUCUCUCUCUGUUGAGUGUUUUGUGUUUCCCCACACGAUUUGUCAGAGAGAAAUGAAAGCAAGCCUGAAACCAAGCAAUUGAGAGUGAGAAAGAGGGAGAGACUAUUCUGCAAACCUGUUUUGUUUUGUUUUGUUCUGUUUUGUUUCCGAUGUUUACACAUGCUGCCUGAGCUGGUUAACCACAUCGGCAGCCUCAGCUACCACAACAUACUGACUAAAUGAUGAUAUUUACUCAAGUUCAGUCUGCAGCCAAAACCAUUAGGGUGUGCUUUGCAGACUACAUUUUGUUGUCUUUUUUUUUUUUUCUUAAAGUGGAGGGGGAAAAGGAAAGAAAAACAAGAAACACUUUGUCAAACAGUACACACUAAUUUAAAGAGAAUGUAUUACUUUUCUGCAUUUAAAUGGCCUCAACAUUUCUCUUAUCAGUCUGAAAGUUAGAAAUAUCCCUUUGUUUUAACUUUCCAUGUCGUUUCCAUUUUUAUGUUUUGUAAUUAUUUUCUCUGUGUUCACAUCAGCAUUCACUUCCGUUAAAUUUGCCAAAGGAAACUGUUGAUAGUUUCUGUCGUUAUGAUUAUGCCUGUAGGAUUUAUUGUACCUCACAGUAUUUAUUGUUUCCAAAAAUAAGCAUCAUUAGCUGGGAAUUCAGUAUUUUUAUUUGUGAAAAUUUCAGAAACAAUAGAUUCUUGAAGAUAAGCUAGAUAUGUCUGAAAGCUUUAUCUUGUCACCUCCUUCAGAGGAUGCUAUGGGGUUCAUUGAAUUCUUCAUUUGUUCUGCAGUGAGAAAAGACCAAAAGUAUUUGCAAUACAAAAGAAACAAAAUCAAACACUAUGGCUGUCAGAUGACAAAUGUUUACUGUACAAAGCUGAGGAAUUAGUAAUAACCAUUUUUGUUUUCUUGAACUUUUGAAUUCUCCAAAGUCUUAAUUGCUUUAUUUUGGUGUUGUGUUAAAUUGAAUAGACAGAGAUGUUUUCCUUUGUUUUAUACCAUAUAAGACUCUGUACAGUAUGUUUGUGAAAGAUUGAACUAGAAUAAUGAACGUUUGUUUGCAAACAUUUUGGUCCUCUUAGCGUUCUCUCUGUCGCGCUGUUGCCCCUUUACCAAAUGGUGAGAUUCCAAAAGGGUGGAAACAUGUUUGUUAAUAGCCCAACAAAGGCGUCUGGAAUCUCUGGCAUUUGGGAUGUACGUAGACUGAAUUGCACCUAGCUUUAUGAAAAGAGACAUUUUCAUGUCAGCGACUUUUGAAAGUUACACCCAUACUUGAGAUUUUAGAACUCAUCAUGUACAAAGUCAGCAUUUAGUCUGUUUAAUGUCAAGUAAGAGAUCAGAUAGCCCUAGCGAGAGUGAGCGAUGUCGAUGUCGCUUGCAGCAGGUCACAUCAGCAGAUGGAUCAGGCUUAGAACAGAUGCUUGUUGCUUGCCACAAACCAGGCUAAUUAUGUAUGGCCAGGUAAGGAAAAGUCCUCCAGGCCUGAGAGCCUAGAGUUCUGCGUGCUUGGACGUGUGGAUUUCUUCACCCGUGUUUGUCAGGGCUGAGUGGCAGUAGGUCCCAGCCGCUGGCACUCUCUGAGUAUCCCCUGUACUUGCUACUACUUUGGCGCCUCAAGUGCCUCGUUGUGAUGGUGGCCUUCCAAGUGGGUAGAAAACAUUUUCCAGCAGAAAGCCUGUUUGCUUAAAGGGAACUGGGAGAGUGGAGGGAUGUGGUAGCUAAGGCGAAAAUCAGAAAGCAUGGCAUCCUGACCCCACGGUGUUGCUAGUUCCCGGGUGUGCGCCUGUGUGCCGGCGCGACUUCACUCUGGUUCUAGCUAAUGCGGUGAUCCAAACGCUGAUGGGCCGACAGGAAGGACAAAGACGCCAACAUUUUCAUGGCUGAGCUCUUCCUCUUUGCCCAUUCCUAUUCAUUUGUUUUUUUUUCACAGGAGUUGCCUGCAACAGUUCCUCUCUAAGCUGCAUCCAUUUUGUGCUGGCUGAAAAUUAAUUGUGAUACAGAUUUUCAUCCCAGAAGCCUUUCCCCACUGGAUUGACUGUAGCUAGUGUUUUCUCACAGGUACAACAUUAGGGAGUGUCACUGGUGGAACUUACGGUUUGGAUAAUUUUAAACUAGGUCUUGUAAAUGACAAAACACUUAGGCCACUUCCAGGAGCACCAACAUGCCAUGGAGGGAGAAGAAAGAGCAAGAAAAAAGCAUAGACAAUAGGUCUUUGGGUUUUAUAAAUGUUGUAAAAAACUUGACAGUCUUUGUUGUGCUAUUAACCGUAUUUAAAGAAGUCAACUCAAAUGUAAUUAAUCUAGGUCUUACUGUGGCUCCUCUGCUCAGCCUGAUGCCUCUUGUAAGGUUUAAAUGUGCUCAGGUUUUCCUUCUCAACGUGACAAACAUUUUAUAAGACAACAACACGUUGAACACAAUGGCACCUUGUAAGGGUGAUUCUUGGGUCAUGAAUUUCCAGGCGGAUCCAGAAAGAGGAGAAAGGCCCUUAAGUGGUUAACAGUCCAAUUAGUAUAUACAUUGCUCUGGGGGGUGGGAAGCUUUGAAUAUAUCAAGAAUGGGCUGUUGCACAGGCAUCCUCCUCACAACUAAACUGUGACCUUUUCCCCCUUCUCCCUUCCUCUAUCCCUGCUCCACAUGCGUGCCAAGCAAAGGAGAAUGGGGACUUGGGGCGAUUAAAACGCGAGGCAGCAAUGAGCCAGACUGAGAUGCGCAGGCUGCUAGCUGCUAACAGCUAGACCUGAGCAGUCCUAACUUGUAUCUGGUCUGUUAGCAUUAAGCUAGAUUGACUAACACAGUAAAGACGGGCUACACCUGCUCUCUUAAAGAAACAAAUCAUCCGAAAGAAACCUUCUUUCAUCCUAUGGCUACGCCCUUAAAACUUCUUAGACUAUUUAAAUAUUUUUGCUUUUCCCUCGCCUUCUUUUUUUCAGCAGGAGGGUCCCAAUGAGUAAGGAUUGCAAUAAAAGGCAGGUGCCAAAAAAACAGGACUCGAGGUUUUCCAUCAGAAGAGUGAGUGAGACUAGGUGGAGAGCUGGUUCCUGCCCCGGCUUGAAGGCAGCCAGGAAAGAAAACUGUGACUGCCCUGCAAGUGUUUGUGCAUGGGAGAAUCUGCCAAGGCUCUGCCUGGCAGUGGGCUUGAGCGUCCUGAGGCAGUGGCUUGCAUGAUCCCCAGGAGCAGGUGAGUUGCUGAAGGCUCCUGAGGAAGGCAGGAGGAAAGCAGGCGCAGCUGCAGCGAGCCCCGCAAGUGGCCGAGCCGGGAGGAGCAGCCGUGGGUGUUUCGGUUUGCUUUGGUUUUGUUUUCCAGUGGGAUGUGAGGCUGGAGUUCUUCGAGGAGCAACACGCUGCAAGGGGUCCCCAGGUUCAUGAAAGGCUGCUGGUGAAACCCAGUUCUAACAGGGCUGAGCAGAGCGGAUGUGGAUGGUGCCAGGCUGGACCUGUUUCUGUGGCUGUCACGAUUUUGCUCGCCGCUGCGGCCAAACAGGCAAGCGGCGAUUCUAUUAGCACUCACACGCUCUGGCCAGAAUGGGAGCUCAUGCGCCAUCGUAGGGGGCACCUGAGCCACUCUGCCUUCCUGUUUUCCUCAGAGUUCAGCCAUGCUUAUCAGCCUUGCUUGUGUUACUCCUGAGGCCACACUGGCCCUGGCCCGGGCUUACUCCGCGUUUCCUGUGGUGAGAGAGUUGCUUACCAUAAAUGGUGAUUUCCGAAGGGUAGUAUGGCAACCCGGCUGCACAACCGACCUGUGAACAGUCUGUCGUCGCUCUUGCCCAGAUUCCCAUCCUCCCGUGUCCUUCCAUCAUCCUCCUUCUCCCACAUCUUGCACAAAAUGAUUUUUACAGUCACUCAGCAAUAACUGGAUGUCAAAUGCUGUCUUUCUGGCAUUUGUUAAAAAAAAUCCAAAUGCCUAAUAAGAGAGGGUUAAAAAAACUAAGUGUUUUUACAAGUACACUGAAUUGGAUGAGCAUUAUUGUUCAUUAUAAUGCUAUAUAUAUUUUCGAAGCAACAUGCUAGAGUUGUCAUAAAACUAUCUUUAUUCUUCUCCUCUAAAGUGUUGUUGUAAAUUCAUUUGACCUUUACUGCACGGGGAAAAAAAAUCUUCCUUCUAUAGCGUAUCGAGACAAGGCUCGGUUUGUAACAAAUAGCGGGGCCCUUACAAAACAGGCAAGGGAAAGCCAGGCUGAGCAGCAAGAAGCUUCAGUUCAAUUUCACCUCAUAUCUUUCUAAUAACUUCCUUGUCACUUUAUUACCUUCCAGUAAUGUGAACGCCGCUGACAAGACUGUCACACUAACAGCAGACAACACCCUCUCUGCUGGAGCCCCAGCUCUCCCGGCUACUUACUGCCCUGGCCCUGAAGGGACACCAACUAAUAGUGUGCUUUCCACUUCAGCACUUGGCCAUCAAAUAUAAAAGGAUGCGUAAUUGCCUGUUUAUCCCUUGUGAAGGGGAAAUUGAGUACCAGGGCCAGGCUUUCCCACCAGGUUCCCUGAUGUACACACACAUCCACUCGCAGCCUCCCUCCACUUCUCCCUCUCUCCCCCUCCCGUUCUCCUUCACCGUCUUGCUGCUGACACACAGGCACAGGCACACACCUCCUGUCUUCCAGAGCGCGAGGCCGCCACUGCGUGCCCUCUCCAGCUACGAGGCGGACCGAAGCAUGAUGGCUUCUUCAGUAAAGGGCCAGUGGAGAGAUUCUUCCUUUCUUUGGAAACACGAGUAUUGCAAUUGCAUGCCCAUCCAUGUUGUGAUCACUGGGUGCGGCCCUAUAAUUAGGGCAAAGUUUCCUACAAGUCGGUGGCAGAAGUAAGAGUAGAUGACAUCAAGUUCUAUAAGGAAAGAGUUAAGAUCUGUUUUGGCUCCUUCAAAAAGUGCACGUGUUGUUAUCAACAAAUUGGUCAUGUGUGGUGGUCAAAACAUUUUUUUAUCUCUGGUGUCAACCAUGUUUCUAAAUGAAUACAUGUAUCUUCCAGUGACAGCCUUCAGAUCCGUAGCGUGUAACUUGAAAAAUUGACCUUCAUUUUGUCAAACUUGACUGACAAUCUUGGGGGGGAGGAGAAGGUGCUGAGCUUUUGAAUUUAAUCUUUAAAGCAAGGACUACCCUGCACAUAAAAGGCCAGUUCCUCACUUUGGAGAAUUUUGGUAAGUAUGGCACAGUACGGUGUGUUCUACAAAAUCAAGUGACAGGGAGCAAAGGGAUAAAGGUAGCUGUAUGUGGAAAGGUCAGAUCUCAGAAUACCUUGAACCCCAACAGUGUGUCCUUAGCCACUGCUGUUUUUGUGUAUUGGAGAGUGGCUAAUGACUCUCUGUCUUCCUUCUGGAGCCAGGACAUAGGAUGCUGGCUUCCACUCUCGGGCAGUGGAAGAUAGUUGGACCCCAGUGCAAGCAGGCACAUUGCAAAUAAGACAUUAGUCAAGCAAAUAUGACACACGCCAGGGCCGUGUCUACGUGAACUUCUGUGAGGAGGGCAAAGCAGCAGAUGUAGCGGUAGGCAGCGUAACAGGUCUGCGUGGCCAAACCUGUCCGUGGUAAGUGAUGUCACGAACCCAUCUGAGCGCUGGCUAGAAAAGCACUUUGAACAACAAACCCUGGGUCAGAGAAAAGGCAGUCAACUGACUUUAUAUUUUAAAGUGUCCCAGGAUGUAUAUAUUAUAACCAUUUAGCAAACAAUUCAAUCUUCUCAUUGAAAACUCAGUUGCCAAAAAUUGCACAAAUUCUGCCAGCUGAUACUGGCUUCCUCCCCUUCACUCUAAAUCACAGGGAUGCCUAAGGAUAUUUCUAACGGUUUUUUAAAACCUUUGUUUUGCUUUUUUAAAAAAAAAAUCUUUGAAAGGAAGAAGAGAAAAAGGUAUUUUAACAAAAAAUGGAGACCAGUAGAUAGGAGAAAAGUAUAUUUCUUGAAGAGAGACAGAGUUAUCUACAUGCUAUUCCAAGAUUUUCUAAGGCUUCCUGCUGCCAAAUGCGACGCUGAGAUAAUGCACAGCUAAGAUGGCAAACCCAUCCAUUAUUAAGCGGCUCUGCCCACUCCUGUUCUGGAAUGCAAGGAUUGAGAGGUGACUCUGGGGACAGCCUGGGCGUUGAGAGCUCCACUCAUCUGCCCUGGAAAUGCUUUCCAAAAGAGGGGGCGACACUGCAGCUCUCUCUGCAGUGCCCCUGCGAGGUGAACUGCUCUGGGCCUGGCUGCGCAGGAGCCUCGCUGCCCGCCCCUUCCAGCCCAGCCCAGCCCGACUUAGUGCUGUGGUGUGAGAAGCAUUGAUUCGGGAGGUCCGAGGCUCUUGAACUCCCAGACAAUGUGCUGAGUUAAUAGGUUCACUUGAGAUGCAUAAACCAAGGCUGACUGUUUAUUUGUUUUCAUCUAGUACUCGAUUUGCAGGGUUUCUGCAUGUCUUUGUACACAGCAAUCCAUCCCGUUCGCUGCCUGUUUCAAUCUCCCCAGACCUUCCCGUUCUCUCUCUUAACUCCAGCCCUCUGCUGCUCUUAUCUCACCCACCCCUCUCAAAGUCAUCAUCAUCCCUAUCAUCUCUUCAGAAGAAAGUAGCACACUCCCCUCCCCCCACCGUGUGCAACGCGAUGGAUUCCUGCGUGUGUGCUACCCUGUGCGGUAUUUACCUAACGUGAAUUAUGCGAAUGAGAGGCUCUAGUCUUCUGCGCUAAUCUGAUACGACUGUCUAGGAUUCGUAACACGUGGUGCAUGCGCGUUCCUGUGCAGACUUUGGUUCAGCUGGGCUGCAGAGAAACCUGCCAUGUUCCCACCUGGGUGAGCAGGUGCACACAGUGUGGGGAAGCCCACUGUGGGCCCAUGGGAAUUAGAGGGGCAAAAAAGGUUGAGAAACUGGGAGAAGCCCUUGGUCGGAGAUCCCCAGCCGGGCUCGCCCCACUCAACAACACACUCAGGGCGGGUGGCCUUAAGGGAGGCAGACAUUCCUGUCCAUGGGUCCCUGGAACCCUUGUUCUGUGACGCUCCUGCUUCUUGUCUGUGUCCUCAAAGGCAGAGCUUCAGGGACAGACUGGGGCUGUGGGAAAGAGAAUUCUGGGCUCUCUCCUGAUCCUGGGAUAAUCCUUUUAGAACUAGCCAAAUCCCUCACACAGUUGGGAGAACACAUAGCUUUCUCACUCACCGCCAGCCCCCUGCUGGGGCUCCACGAACACAAACAUUUGACUCAACCUGCAGACUUGACAGCAAAACAUGGCUAAAAGGAGGCUCUUGAGGAAAAGAAAUUUGCCCAGCGAUAGGUCCUCUCCCUCCCCAGAGUCUGGGGGUGUAGCUAUUUCUUGGUUUGUAUUGUCUUCAUCUGUAUCUAACUGGGCUCUUCCGUCAAGCCUGCUGCAGAACCAAAGUGUGUCCCACAAAAGGUCACUGCGCCAGGGGACGGGGCCACUCGCACCACCCCCACCCAAUCAUCGUGACGUCGGUAGCUUCAUCAAUACUGUAUGGACUUUAAACAAGGGGGUUUUAUUUGUGUGUUUGUUUUGGUUUAUUUUUCUUAGUAGUCUAAGGUCAUUACAAAUUUUUAUUUGCUAUUUCCUUUAUUGUAUUUUCUGUACUAUAACUGUCAACAGUAUGUCUUUUGCAUAAAAUGCAUAAGGGUUUGGGGAUGUAAAUGGAAUUUUAUUCAUAUUUUGUCCAAAUACCUCUUGUAAUUUGUAUCAGAAUUCUUGUACAAUUUUUAUAUUAAAGAUUUAUCAGUCA